AUGUCAAAAAUCACACCAUACUUUGAUAGUGUUAACGAGCUGAGUGGACUGAACAUUGAAUACAGUGAUGGAUCAACAAAGCUUGUAGGUAGUGCAGCAGGAACACAACAAACAACUUUAGUUUUAAGAGCUGUUCCAAUUGUUUUAGUAUCGGUUUCUAGAACUUCGAGUGUAACUCUUGGAAUCUCAUUCAAAUAUGCUGAUUCAACAAUUCCAGCGACCAUUGGAACAGUCGAUGAGAUCUCAUAUCAAUCAUCAAAUCCAGGUCAAUGUCUUGUCGAUAUUAAUGGUUUAAACCCUGUUGUAUUUUCAUUUGACGAUGUUGAGAUCCGUUACCCAGUUCCAUCAUCGUCACCAGUUACUGUACCUCAGUAUUAUUAUCAAGAAUCAAAUGGUGAAUUUAGAUAUCGAUACGAUAAUGUCUUAUGUAUAGUUCUCAAUAAUGAUAUUUAA